AUGAAAAGCUUGAACACAUCUCUACUCCAAGUUUUCUUCUCAAUAACGAUAAUUGUAUCGACAUGGUUCUUUCAACAACAUGUACAUGCAGCUGUCGUUCUUCAAGAAUAUCAAUACAGCACCUAUUUAAUUUUAAAUUCCUCUCUAGAAAAUACAACGAGUGCCUCUUCGUGUGGAACUAACAGUUCAUAUCCGUGUUACUCCAUCCAACAACAAAUUCAAGCCAUCGAUGAACAAUUGCCCUCGCUUCCCAUCAAUUUUAAAUACGCAAUUCAGUUGACCAUCAAUGUAAUGAGUGACAUUCCUACAGAAAUGUGUAAUUUCAAGUUUACGAAUCCUAAUUCGGCAAAAUUUGCAACUUUUGUAUUCAUAUGGCUUGGAUCAAAACCUGACACGUCCAAAGUUUUGUUGGACUGUCAGGGAAGUGAAUUUUUUAGUUUUUCUAAUGCUCCUGCCUCUUUGAACAUCACCAAUCAGUUUGAUUCGUUCGAUGUAAAGAACACAAUUUUCAAGGAACAAAUGAUUAUUUCGUCAAUGAAUCAUUGCAACCUUAGUGGCUCUGCAAUUUACAAGAUGAACGAAAAACAAACAACCAUGAUAUAUGAUUCGAAUUUUUACAAUUGUUAUUGGUUCAUCUCCAAUGUCAAUGAUGCAAUAAGCUUUCGAGAAUGUAAAAUAACUAAUAGUAGUAUGGUUGUGGAUGUCAUUUCGAAAUCACUGAGCAUUUCCGAAUCGUCCAUUGAAAAUGUUGACCUGAUUUUAAAGUUUUCAACAAUGACGUUUUUAUCGACCACAUUCAAUGAUAAUUUAGCAAUUUUCACUCAAUUUCAAAGUUUAUUGCUGCAUGAAUGCAAUUUUUUCACCACCAAACAAACACUGAUAUCAUUUGGAGACUCAAUGACGAUUCGAAGAACUUUAUUUGAGAAAAGUAAUUUGGAUUUCAAAAUUGUUUCUGUGCGAAGUGUCAUCAUUGGAAAUAGUACUUUUUCUGGUAACUAUCAAACCAAUCUCAGCAAUAAGGCAUUGAUUCAACUCACCGGUUCUUACAGCCUUACCAUUGCAAAUUCUACUUUUAUCAAUAAUAGAGACCUUCUAUUGAUGUCAAUUUAUCAAGCUUCCCUUGUGAAUUUUCAAAACUCGAUUUUUCAACAAAACACGGGAGGUGGAGCCGUUCAAAUCGAACAUAUGGUUGGAUAUUUCAAAUUAUCAUCAGUGACAUUUAGUAAUUGCACAUUUAAUGGCAACAAGGGACAAAAUGGAGGUGCCAUUUUGAUUGGAAUGACUUUUGGAAAUCUCACCAUUUCGAAUUGUCAAUUCACCAAGAAUUCUGCUAAUUACGGAGGAGCUCUCUAUUUGCAACAAGAAAAAGUAGCAAUUUCAAAUUGUCAAUUUACAGGAAAUUCAGCAACUCAAAAUGGAGGAGCCAUCUAUGUGAAAGACACCACUUUCUUGUCUCUUCAAAGCAGCACUCUUCAAAAUAAUAUGGCUAACCGAGGAGGAGCAUUGUACUUGUCUUCUCUCACCUCCAAUUACAUGAUGAAUUCUGCUUGUAGCAAUAACAUUGCCUCAUAUUCAGGUGGUUGCCUAUUUGCUCAAAGCACCACGCAUCCCACACUCUUACAAUCAGUGUCAACCUCGUUAUCAGGUUUGAAUUCAGCAAUAUCUUAUGGACACAACAUUGCAACACCCAUUGACGGAACACAAUUUCAGUUUUCUGUCAAGUAUCAAGAAGGACAAGCUGCGACGGAAAUGCCAACCUCACUGUCGUUGUAUCCAGGUCAACCAGUAGAUAUUACUGUGAAAAUUAAGGACAAGAAUAAUCAAGCGAUCAAAUCCAUUGAAUUUCCUAUGGGAGUCAGCGUUGGAAGUAACAUGACAGUCACCGUCGAUUCACUCUCUACAGAUUAUUUAACCCUUCAUGGAUUAUACCUUUCUGUGUAUUCCUCAAUUGAUUUCCUAUCGAAUACGACUUUAAAUUUGACACUGAGCAGUGACACAUUCUUUUCCAUUCCAGUUCAAAUCGUACCAUGCAAUCAAGAUUAUUCUCUUCAACCCGUAAGCUCGAAUGGAAAUGCCAUGAUUUGUACUAAAAAUCCUCCUGGAUUUCCCUAUUCCGUUGUGUUACCCGUAGUGUUAAUUGGAGGAGUCUUACUCUUCAUCGUUGGAAUUGCAUUUGGCAUUGCCGUCUUGUAUGGAGUUUAUAUCAUUGUGAAAAAGUUGAAAAAGCUAGAAAAGAAGGAGAAAGCUGAAAUGAAAUUAGAAAAGACAUUAAUUGAUAAGAAAUUUAUUUUCACUGGAUCUACGACCACUCCGCCUGCUCAUGCUCAAAGCUCGAAAUCUGUAGCGAGUACUCGACAAUCCUUGCAUGAUCAAGAAAAGUACAUUAUUCCAAUUGAAAAUUUGGAUAUUGUUAAAAAGAUUGGAGAAGGUUCGAACGGUAUGGUCUAUCUCGCAAAUUGGAACGGUACAGAAGUUGCUGUGAAGAGUCUGAAAUUAGAUUUUUCAGAAUUACAGGGAGAAAGUGAAGAGUUUGAAAGAGAAGCUUCAUUAUUGAGCUCAUUAAGACAUCCCAAUAUUGUGAACUUUUAUGGAGUGAGCAUGACUGACACUGGAAAAUUCAUGGUAGUGGAAUAUUUACCAAGAGGAAGUUUGGAUAAAUUAAUUUAUCAAUGUAAAGUUGGAAAGGAAAAAUUGGCACUCUCGAAAAAGCUUUCCAUCUUGUUGGGAAUUUCGAAUGGAAUGGCCUAUUUGCACUCAUUGAAACCAAACAUGAUAGUGCAUCGUGAUUUGAAACCAGGAAAUAUUUUGCUGGACAAUAAUUUAACACCUAAAGUGUGUGAUUUUGGUUUGAGUAAAGUCAUUGGAACAAUGAAUGGAACCAUGACAACUAAUAUUGGAACAUUAUUCUAUAUGGCACCUGAAAUAUUGUCAGGAGGUGUUCAGGAAGGAAUGAAUGCAGCGAUUGACGUCUAUGCAUUUGGUAUCAUUUUGUGGGAAUUAUAUUUUGAACAAGUUCCAUUUAUGGAAACCAAUUCAUCCAAACUCUCUCGAUUCAAAGCACAAGAUUUAACAGGAUCUCCAAAACUUCAAGAAUCGCACAUUCCCUUCCAAGUUCCAACCAUGGUCAUGAAUGGUAUUCGACCUGAAAUUCCCUUCAGUAAUCGUGAGGAAGAACAAGUUUGGAUUAAGGAAUUCAUAUUGCCCAAUGAGACUCAACAAGAACAAUCAUUGGAAAAAUUAGUGCGGGUAACAGAGGCCUAUAUGGAUUUAACUCGAGCUUGUUGGAGUUUAAGAGCUAGUGAGAGACCAGAUUUUGUGACCAUCUCUCAGAAAAUUCAACAAAUGAUUUCCAUCCUUAAUUAA